CAUCCACCGCCUUUCCCAUCUCAUUACCCCGUGCUCGAUUCUUUCCGAACCAAGUCCGGCCCUAUACAACCGUCAAAAUGGUCGUCAACGACUACUGCCCCGUCUAUGCUCCUUUCUUCGGUGCGAUGGGCUGCACGUCCGCCAUCGUGUUCACAUGCUUUGGCGCCGCCUACGGAACUGCUAAGGCAGGUGUCGGUGUCUCUGCUAUGGGUGUCCUCCGCCCGGAUCUGAUCGUCAAGAACAUCAUUCCCGUCGUCAUGGCUGGUAUCAUUGGUAUCUACGGUCUCGUCGUGUCUGUCUUGAUCUCCAACGACCUCAAGCAGCAAUCUUCGCUCUUCACCAACUUCAUCCAGCUCGGUGCCGGUCUUUCCGUCGGUCUUGCUGGUAUGGCCGCUGGUUUCGCCAUCGGCAUCGUCGGUGACGCUGGUGUCCGUGGAACUGCCCAGCAGCCUAGGUUGUUCGUCGGCAUGAUUCUUAUCCUCAUUUUCGCUGAAGUUUUGGGUCUUUAUGGUCUUAUCGUUGCCCUUCUCAUGAACUCCAAGGGCAGCAGCGCCGAGCCCUGCUAAACGUAUCGCGCGCGACGAUUGCAGCACGGACAAGACAUCUGCAACCACGAUAUAAACGGAACGGCAUCGACAACUUGGACACGUUUCCCGCAUGACCUCUCGAAUCUCAGUAUUUGCAUGGCGCCCUGGAACGAAACCUUGCGCGACAUGUUGUAUGUCUAAAUUUGUGUAUUUCCUUUUGUGGUAGGCCGCGUGGUAUUGGACGCCGCGCGGCGGAGGGUGCAUUGGU